AUAUACGUAUUACUCAAUACAGAUCCGUCCGGAUGCUGUGGAUGCGAGCACAGACACGCCACGAUCUACGGGUGGUUACGGUGGUUACGGAAACAAUGGUCGUCGACGGUCAUUAGAGCAUUGGGUGCUAUUCCCAUGCCCAUGUGCGUCAUUUUCAUCACGAAUAUAUAAUAAAUUAAUCGACGCCACCCCGGGGAUGACUCGCUCAAUGCCUCCUCUCCCAACUGCACUGAGAAAUGGAAAACUGUAGACAUCACGAGAAUGGCGAAAGAGGCGGACAAGGCGGCUGAGAGCUCGAAGCCAGAGGCCAAAGACGGCGCCCAGCUGCUCUGCUGGCACGAGCUGCCCCCCUGGCAGCAGGACAAUGAGUACAUUGUCAGCGGAUACAGGCCGUUGAGCUACUCCUAUCAAAAGUCGCUGGCGAGUCUGGGCUCGCUGCACAACCAAACCGUCAACAUCUACAGCCACCUGCUAGGGCUGGUGGUCUUUGUCGUCGCAGCACGCGGCGUAUGGGACGCGCUGGCCGAGCGCUACGUCUCAGCGACACACGAAGACCUCGUCGUCUUUGGCUGCUUCUUCGGCGGCGCAUUCCUCUGCUUCGCCUUCUCUACCGCCUUCCACACCUUCUCGAACCACUCGCUCGACGCCCAUGAGCGCUGGCUGUUCAUGGACUUCCUGGGCAUCCUAUGCCUGACGGCCGGCAGCUGGGUGCCCGGCGUCUACUACGGCUACUAUUGCCGCCCGACAACCUACCGCUUCUACGUCUUCCUGAUCUCGACCAUUGCCGCUGGCUGCGCGCUGCUGAUCAUCACGCCGCGCUGCCGCACGAACGAGUGGAAGACAUUCCGCACAGCGAUGUUCAUGUCGCUAGGCCUCGUCGGCAUCAUCCCCAUGACGUUUGCGGCGCGCGAGUUCGGCAUCGCGCAGGCGCACCGCCAGAUGGGCUGGUGCUGGAUCGUGCUCGAGGGCGUCUUCUACGUGAGCGGCGCCCUCGUCUACGCCUCAAAGUAUCCAGAGAAGCUCUGGCCCGGCGCUUUCGAUUUCGUCGGCAGCUCCCACCAGAUCUUUCAUAUCUUGGUCAUUUGUGGCGCUUUGGCCCAUCUUACCGCUAUCUUGCAGGCCUUUGACUAUAAUCAUCAUCCUGAGACGCGCAUGUGUCGCAUCGGCUGAGUUAAACACUGGGUAGUCAGCUUAGCAAUAAUUCGCCUGUAAAUACGCAUGCCUUGGGGGGGGGGGGACAAAGAUCUCCGUACAGACGCAAAGGCUUGUUCAGUAGGGUCUGAGGGUGACCUUGACCAGCUGGUAACUGACUUAUACAAAGUGUCGAGAUAAUUCAUGUACAAUAGGACCAACCUGAAGUCAAUUCCGUCAGACAUUGCCACUUACACACGCUGUUGAGAGCAUUCUUCUUAACAAAGAGCACACUGACGAAUGGAGAACUAGCAGACAGUCGCGUGUGUCUGCUUUGUUCCACCUAGAAAUACUUGCAUGGCCUAGAAUGGCAACCAGCUCAAC